AUGCAAAAUGUUGUUAAAUUUGAUAUGAAACUAUUAUUUUUUCAUGAUCCAACAGUUCAAAAUCAAACAAUAUCAUGUUCUUUAUUCUGUUCACAAGAUGUAUUUGAUAGCGAAACAGUAGAAGAACUAUCAAAACAAUUUCAACAUCUUCUUUCACAAUUGUUUGUUAAACAUCCAUCUUCAUUUGAUUUAGUUAAUCAAUCAAUAUCCAAAUUAUCAUUUUGGCCAACUUCUUAUGCACAAUCUCGUUUUUGGUUUGAUGAACAAAUUCGAUUCGAUCCAGAUAAAUCACAAGUUGCAAUUAAUAAUAUGCCUUUUCUCUAUCGUCUUCAUUCACAACAUACAUUAUCAACUAGACAACUUCAUCAUGCACUUCAACUCAUUCUUACAAAACAUCAAUUAUUUUCGAUAAUGAAACAAAUAAACUUAUACAACGAAUUAUUGAUAUCAAUGAUCAUACUAGAAAACUAUUUACAUUUAUUGAAAGUACUUUCGAAACAGAUGAACAACUUCAUACUAGUAUGUCUUGUCUUUCGAUGUCACAUUCUCUAUUAUAAACAAAUUUCUUCAAAUAAUCUUCUCUGUGAUAAAGAUAGAAUUAUUUUCAAUUUUCAUCAUGUUUUAUUUGAUUUUCCAUCGAUGAAAAUAUUUCUUCAUGAUCUCAAUCAAGCAUAUAUGACAAAUCAACUACCUAUCAAUCAUAAUACUGAUCUACGUUAUCUUGAUUAUGCUCUUAUUGAACAACAAAUGUCAAUGACUAGUGCAAGUAUGUUUUGGCUUGAUACUCUUCUUGAUUGUAAUCUUGAUCGAUCUUUAUCAUUACCCUAUGAUCGACAUCCUCUCUCAAAUGAACAUCGAAGUGGUCGUGGAAUACCAAUCUCAUUUGAUUUUGGUCAAGAUCUUUCAUAUGAUUUUCUUAACUAUGCAUUAACAAACAAUAUAGAACCUCAAUAUCUAGCACUUACCGCUUAUUAUAUGUUCUUAUUUAAAUUAACUGAUGGAGAAAGAGAUAUAUGUAUUGAAAUGAAUACACAUACUCGAUAUAAAGAUAAACUUAACUCAAUAAUUGGAUCAUAUGAAAAUCUUAUUCCAUUGCGAUGCCAAUCAGAUUGUGAUGGUUCAUUUCGUCAACUAGUUGAAUAUGUUCAAGAAAUGGCAACAAAUUGUAUGAAAUAUUCAUAUUUUCCUCUUCAACAUAUUCUUGCACAACAUUCUGAUUGUUCAAAGCCUACAUUUCUUGAUGUGUCUUUUGAUUUUGUGACUGUUGAAAAGAAAAUAAUGAUUGGUAAUAGUGAACUUUGUAGUAUUCCAUUAUCAAUUACAAUGAAUGAAGAUGAUGCUAAUGUUGGCAAGUUUGAUUUCAUUCUUACUAUUCAAUAUGAUCUCAACAUAAAUCAAUUCUCAUGUAUAAUUAAUGCAUUACUCGAUUUAUUCAAUCACGAGAGACAAUAA